AUGGUUUGCGACAAAUGCCAGAAGAAGUUAGGUUUGUAUCACUCGUCGGAAUCAACUCUACGACACACUAACCGAUGGUAUUGUCUUGUCUUCGCAGGUAAAGUGAUUACACCCGACAACUGGAAGUCCGGCGCCCGAAACACCACAGAGAGUGGCGGUCGAGCUAUCAAUGAGAACAAGGCGUUGACGUCGAAGAAGAACCGCUUCUCACCCUAUCUUAAGGUCGAAACGUGUAAAAUAUGUAAACAAAAAGUACAUCAAAUGGGUUCGCAUUACUGCCAAUCGUGCGCCUAUAAGAAAGGUAUCUGUGGUAUGUGUGGCACCAAAUUGUUGGACACCAAGAACUACGCCCAGAGCUCUGUUUGA